GCACGGUCGCUACUCGAAACUCGAAAGUAAUGAUUUUUCAAUUUAGUUUCUACCAAUAGCGUUCGACGUUGAGCUCCCUGCUCCGCACUCCGCAGACGUUGAAUGAAUAUCACUACACUCAACACGGUGAACGGUCCGGACUCUGGUGCUCGUACAGCAUACUUCGUAUAGUUCAGUUGUCGUCGAUAAUUUUUUUUCAGAUACGGCCACGCAGCAUUGUCAGAGUUCUGAAGUGUUAUUCAACUUUUAUUCAGUAUACGUUUUGUCGGACACGAAUAUAAAAAAUAUUUAUGAAUAUUUUCGGAAUUAUCAAUACAUUUAUGUAAUGCAUUUUUUGUAUUUUCAUCAGUACACGUAAUUUCUAAGCGUAAAGCAAAUAUCUUUCACGCCAUGAAACCAAUGACAAAGGAAACGCGGCACCGAACGUUACUUCAGAAGAGUCGAGAUUACACAUAAUCGUCUGCCGCCAUUUUUUUUUAACCUUUUUAAAGCACAAGGCAAUCCAAAUAUUAUGUUGAUUACUUAUUACGUUACACAUUUUGGAAGUAUUUUUUUUUCAAUUGUUCUGCGAUUAAUGUAUGUGUGUAAUUAUUAACACUAUCGCAGAACACUUUUGUACUAGUUCAUACGCAGUAUUGGAAAGAUUUUGAUGGCAGUUAUUGUUAAAAUACGUUGAAUUAUGUUAUAAUAUAUUGUAAAAUAUUGAGACGAUUUAAAAACAUCAUGCCACCAAUUGAUCCAAUGCAGUUGCUCAACUGUCUUAAAGUAUUACUGAAUGAAGAAACAGGAGGGAUUAAGGGUCCUGCAGAAGCAAUACAAAUAUCUAGGUUAAUGGGAAAGUUUUCUAAAAAAAUUGUCAGUAAAAGUCUAUAUGUUUUCAUUUUAAAAGAAACUAAAUCUACACCAAAUCUACUGAACAUAUUUAUGGAUGCUGGUGGCUGGGGUUUAAUAUAUUUGUGGUUAAAAGAUGCUGUUGAAACUGAUAACAUUGUGUUAAUAAGAGAUUUAUUAUCAAUAUUUCACAUAGUACCUGUUACAAUGGAACGAUUGAAAGCUAAUGGUGGUCCAAAAUUAGUUAAAAAGUUAUCCAAAUCGUGUGCUGAUACUGAAGUAAAGUCACUAGCACAGGAAUUGGUGGAUAAGUGGUUAACAGUAGUUAAAACUGAACAUUGGCACAGUAUGAUGAAUGAUAAAGAUGGUCAAACAAAAUCUGAAAACUCAUUAGGUUCAUUACCAAAAUCUGAAUCUGUUCAAAAUGAAAUGAGUUCAACUAAAACUGAUUCAGUUAUUCCUCCAGAAAAUCAAAUUGAAGAUAGCUUAUUGAAGACAAGAAAAAUGAAAAAAAAUGACAUUAUAAUUCGCAAAGAAAAAUUAAUUAAUAAUAAAAAUAAAGAAGAAAAAAAAGAAAAAUGGAAAAAAGAUGGAGAAGAAAAAAAAAUUAAGACUAAAGAAAAGAAUAGUAAUCCAUUUUUAAGAAUAAUUAAUGAAAUGAAAGUAGAAAAAUCUGAUGAUGAUAAAGUUUCAGAAAGUGAUAGUUCUAACUCAUCAAAGCAUUCAAAUAGCCGGAGAAAACAAAAUUUGAAAACUUUUUCCUCUGAAGAUAAAUUGAUGAAAGAUAAAUUAUCAGAAGACAAAGCAAGUGAUAACGAUACUAAAACUACAAAUGAAAUAAAAAAAGAACCAAGACCUUUACCUCCACCAGCACCCAAGCCAAAAUUACCAGAAUCUAAAACAUUAUUAGAAAAGAAAAAUUAUUCAAUUCAUGUAGAAAAAAAAGAAUAUAUAGGAGAGAAAAAACCAACUGUUAAAACGUUUAAGUCAAAAUUUAGAAGUACUGGUCUUGAAGAGCAAGCUCCACCUCCUCCUCUUAAAUCCAAAAAAACAUCUAAAUGUUUAACUCCACUGUCAUUAUCAAAAGCAGAAAAAAGAAGUUUAUCACCACCUUCAGACUCGCCAAAUGAAAAGAAACCUAAAAACUCUCCAACAGACAUUAAAAAACUACCACCAAAAAUUAAAGAAAGUGGAUUAUUUAUGGACGCUAUGUUAAAUGUUCUGAACUCCGCUCCCAAAAACUGCAAAAAACGCAAAACUAAACCUGAAGCUCUUAAAAAACCUGAAAAACAGGUGGAAAUUCCCACGUCACCGACCCUUAAGUCUGAUAACUUCCCAUCAUCGCCUUCGCAGUCUCCAUUGCGAUCUCCUUCUACUUUGGAUUUGGAUUCAUUAGUUCAGUCGUCAGAAACUUUGUCUAGCUCUGAUGAACCCCAACCCCCAUUAGAGUCUCCUUUGCCCUCGGCAUAUAUUCCCCCAUCGUCGACUGAAACCACCAAUAUGACGUCCGUAAAUGAACAACCCAACCCUAUUGAAGUAGUCGACACAGAAAAAGCGGUAGAAAAACCACCCCAACUGAAGUUUUAUCGAGACACUUUAUUGGAUACCGAAACUUCUACUAGCGAAAACAAAACUGACGAAAUUCAAUCUGCGAACAUGAUAGAUGAUGAAAUCUGUGAACCCGAAGAUAAAAGUGGAUUAAAAAGUGUUCUGGUUUACGUUAGAAGUAAAUCAUCUAAAAAAUCAGUGUCGUGGAAGCAAGAAAACGAUUUAGUUCAAGUUUCAUACUUUGAACACGAUGAAAAUGAAAGAGUUAACGUAACUAGAAAUUUCAAAGACAUGGAAAUGCACGAACGUGACGUUGAAAGACAAAAUUUUCUUGCAGUGCGCAAAUUAAACGCUGCAGAUAUAAUGGAACCUAAAACUGCUUGGCAAUAUUUAGAUGACACAUUAUUAGUUGAUGUGAUAGAAGAACCAGGUAAAGAAAAGAUCGAACCUGGCUAUGGAAGUCAAGAGAAGAAGAAACAAACACUUAGAGAACAAUCUGUUUUGCCUGCCAUUUACAACAAUAGAUUGAUGAUCCCAGAUUCACCAUCUGAACCUGAUCAUAUGGAAAUAACUCCUUAUUCGGAACCCCUAAACAUACCGCUUGAAGACAUAACUGGAGACGGUACUGCGCCAACCUAUAACUAUGUCAGUACUCCUUGGCCAGAAUCAAAAGGUGAACAACCACCAGUUGUAGAUUUCCAAAUAGACAUAAAUAAUAUGAUGCCUAUGGCGCCUAAUGUUAUGAUGCAACCACCUCAGUUCCCAGUAUUCAACAAUCCGAUGAAUUGGAACAUGCCGCCGGUAAACAUAGGCAUGCCUAUGAGGCCCCCAGUUAACAAUAUGUUCAUGCCCAAUCCCAUGAUGAUGAAUAAUCAAACUAUGUAUAAUAUGGGUGAUCAAAUGCCUCAACAACCAAUUCCACAACAACCUCCUUCACAACAACAUCCUCAAAAUCAUCCAUCUCAAAUUCAAGAAGAACAGUGGAUGGGUCCCGAGCCGACAGGGCCAAUGCAACACGACCAGCAUUGGGGCCAACAGCAACCUCCCAAUAACAACAAUGGUCCUGCUCAUUUUGAAAGAGGAGGUGGUAGAGGUCAUAGUCGAUGGGAUAAUCCGAGAGGUGGUAAUAAUUACAAUGACUCGUAUCGAGGUAAACAUAACAUGAACCGCAAUAUGCAACGGGGUAACCGAGGAGGUCCAUACAACCGAAGAGGUCAUAUGGGUAAUGGACGACCCGGCGGUCGACUGUGCAAAUAUUAUGCUAAACAGGGUUUUUGCAAAACUUCAAACUGUGCGUUCUUGCAUUCAAAAAACUAAAAAUGUAGCAAUCGCGUUCAUUUUUUUUAUUAUUUUAAUUGUUUUUUAUUUGCUACCAAAUAAGACUGAAUAAAAUAAGACCUGUAGUAAUAAAUCUUUUUAGACAUCUUCACUCUUGAUUUUAAUCGACCGACUAUGUAUGUGAAAUUAUUAAUUUAACAAUUGUAUAGUAAAUAUCAUUAAAGUCCAUUAACUAUUGUUAAAUAAUCACUUAUUUUAUUUAAAAUUGUAAAUACUUAAUUUAA